UCUGACAGAAAGCAGAAUUCAUAUCACAUCUGUAUGAUACAGGAUUAAACUAUUAGCUGCGGAUGCUGUUGUACAGCUGGGGAUGUUUAAAAUAUAACGUUUGACAUUUGAAACGAAGCCUUGGAAAAGAAUGCAGUCUGACAGAUUCUCUACUCACUGUGUACUCAGGCACUUGACAUCGGCUUGACAGAUGAGACUUUCACCAUUUGGGGGAAAUUCCAGAAUAUUGGGUUUAGUUGAGUAAUCUCUCCCUGCCGGUCAUAUGAAACUGACCCGAGUGUUUCCGAGCUGGAUAAGACAACACCACCAUGAAGUUGUCUCCUUUGGCUUUGCUGUUUGUGUUUAUUUUUCCAAUUCGCUGUCUGCAGCCAAUAAACUGCAGAUGGGGGCCUUAUAGAGAUUGGUCUGAGUGUGAUGGUUGCACCAGAACAAAGGUGCGGAAACGGCAUGUGGAGGUGUAUGCCCAGUUUGGGGGUGCGCCAUGUUCAGGAGAAAAUUCCCAAACUCACCCUUGCAGCCCACAAAAGGGAUGUCCUCUGGAAUCCGGGUGCAUGGAAAGGUUCCGAUGCACGUCGGGUCAAUGCACUAGUCAGUCUCUGGUGUGUAACGGGGACCAGGACUGUGAGGAUGGUCUGGAUGAGAGAGGCUGUAAUGAAGAUAACAGUCAGUUUGUUUGUGAUCUUGAUAAAACUCCCCCAAACUCUGAAUUGACUGGCAAAGGGUAUGAUGUGCUCACAGGGAAGCUGAGGGCAGGUGUGAUCAACACUCUGAGUUUUGGAGGACAGUGCAGAAAAGUGUUCAGUGGUGACCAUAAAAUUUAUUAUCGACUGCCACAGAAUGUCCUUAGAUACAACUUUGAGGUGAAAGUGGAUAAUGAGGAGAGCGAAGAAUCCUAUGAAAGCUCUUGGUCCUACGUGCAAGACAUCCAGGCUAACUCUUUAUUUGGACAUGACCGUCGUACCUUUCACAAAGAGCUCACUGAAACAAAGAAUCACAGAAUCAUAGUUCUGAAGAAUAAAGUGGAGUUGGCCCAGUUCCAAAACUCAGCCCCCCAGUAUCUGACUCUGGCCGAAGAGUUUUGGAAGGCUUUAAUCUCCCUUCCGUACACAUACGAUUAUGCUGCCUACCGUCAACUGCUGCAGAUAUAUGGCACUCACUACCUCUCCGAGGGCUCGCUUGGAGGCAAAUACCAAGGCUUUUUGGAGAUCGACAACCAGGAUUUUGCAACAUCUGAGGCAACAACAAUCGACUACAAGAGGUGCUGGAGAAAGGUUAAACGACGCUUGUUCAGGAAAAAGGUCAAAAUCGUUUGUGACAAAUUCUACAAAUCCUUCUCAUUUGAUGAUGAGGGACAUGUAUCCAAGAUGCCCAUCAAGGUGAACACUUUUGGAGGAGAUCCAUCGUUUUCAGAUGUAUUGAAAGUUCUGGAUCUUGACAAUCCAGAAGUAAAUGGAGAGGCCUAUGACAACUGGGCCUCCUCUGUUAAAGACUUCCCUGAUGUCAUAGACCAGAAGCUACGUCCUCUGUAUGAACUAGUAAAGGAGGUGCAGUGUGCAGGUUUGAAGAAGCUCCACCUGAAAAGAGCCAUCGAAGAGUACCUGGCUGAAGAGCAUCCUUGCCACUGCAGACCCUGCCAGAAUAACGGCCAGGCGCUCCUGACCGGCUCAGAGUGCCAAUGUGUCUGUCGGCCAGGAACCUCAGGACAAGCAUGUGAGCAUGGAGCUGCGAUUGGAGAACAACCAGGAGUGAUCCAUGGUGGCUGGAACUGCUGGUCAACCUGGAGUUCCUGUUCUGGUGGUCAAAGGUCAAGAUCCCGCAGCUGUACCAACCCCAGUCCUAGCAGAGGUGGCCAGCACUGCUCUGGGUUGACAGAAGAGCAAUCGCCCUGUGACGAUGCAGAUAUGCAGUAUUUACAGAUGAUGGAACCUCAGUGUUUCAAUCUAUCUCUGACUCCACCAAAGACCUGUGGGCCUCCUCCAAACCUCAGAAACGGUUUCAUCCAGGAUCCCAAGGAUUUUUAUUUGGUUGGAAAAACAGUAGAGUACUCUUGCAUUGAGGGUUAUUACCUCAGUGGAAGCUCUUUGGCUCAAUGCACUGAAGGUCAGAACUGGAAGACUGGAGACAUGUCUUGUAAAAGCUCCAUUUGUAAUAUUCCUCAGCUCAACAACGAAGUGAUCGCCACGCCCACUAAAGCGGCCUAUCAGAUUGGCGAUCGAGUGUCUCUGUCUUGUCCCCCUGGAUGGACGAUGACAGGCGACGUGUCGGACAUCAUAUGUACUCCCAGUCUCCAGUGGUCGCCUUCUCCAUCCACUGCUCGCUGUAGUAACGGUGUGAUAGGUCUUACUCCUCCUGUGCAGCUGAAGUGUAAACUGUGGGAAAAUGUAGGGAAAAACACAUGUGUGUGUAAAAUGCCAAUUCAGUGCCCAACUUCACUAGAGUUGUGUGCCAGAAUCAGCGCGAGCCAGCCUCGCGUGCUUGGCGUGUGCCAGUUAGGAGCUCUGCGGUGUUUGGGUCGCAGCUUCACACUGGUCAAUGAUAGCGAGUGUACCUGGCCAGAAGAGACCUCCUGUGAUCACUGCACACCCGGAACACAAUGUCAGGCUGGACGUUGUGUAUGCCAGAAUGCACCAGAAUGCCCAGGAGACUCCGCCCCCCUUUGUGUGAACACUGGCGACGGUGGCGUGGCCACAACCAUGACCGAGUGCCAAGUGGGGACCAGGAGGUGUGCUGGGGAGCAGCUCGCUGUUAUCGACAUCGAUGCAUGUUCAUAAUAAAACUGGCUGCUUUUAUUUCUCUUACAAUAUUCGCAAUAACACGAUCGCCUUCACAAACUAA